AGAGCCCAGGCCGCGGGCCGGCCGCCCGGGUCAGGAGGGGUGAACACAGGUCACGCCCCCCCAACCCUGAGCAUUCCUCGGCCCAGGACACUGUCAGGCCCACCUCAGGCCCACCUGACUCUCUCUUGGUCUCUGAGCCUCCUGGAAGCUCUAAGGGGAGGAAGUGAGGUGUUGGGGGUGUGUGUGGGGGAUUCUGUGCAGCUGUGUGGCCAUGUGCCCAUGUGACCCUGUGUGACUCCGUGAGUAAGCCGAGGGGACCGCGUGACCGUGGGUGACACCACGUGCCACCUUCCGUGAACACUAGGAGAGGCUCCGUGUGACUCCGUGUGCGACAGGCAGGGAUGCUGUCCUUGUGUGGCCUGGUGGUGACACUGGGGGUAGUCUGCCGCCACCACACCACACUGCGGGAGAGGGUGUGAAGACAGAGCUUGAGUGCCAUAUGCAACAUGGGAGUGUGUGUGACUCUGGCUACCAUGACAUGUGACACCGCAUGGAGUGUGAUACUGGAGCCCCCCCCCCCCCCCCCAGCGUGGUUGUGAGUGUUACCGCUGUGGUGCUACUUGUGACCCACUUGUUUGUAGUUGUGGGGUGUGCAUAUGUGCGUGACACUGCAGGAUGUGGCGACCCUCACCUGAGUGUGUGACUGGUGUGUCAGUCGGGGUGUGUCAAAGUGUGUGAUACUGAAGUUGAGAUGCCUGACCCCUAAGCGUUUGACACAGAGCGUGACACGUGUCUGCUUGCCUGGGUCACCGGCAUGGCUGGCGGGGGCACUCCUCCACCGUGUCAUGGCGUGCAGGCGCCGUUUCAGUGUGACCCCCGUGUCACUCGCCCGAGAGGUGGCACUGUGUGAGUGUGUGCGUGGACGUGGGUUGUGACGCUCCGCCUCUGUAUGUGUGUGACCGCGUGGGAGUGUGACUGGGUGCGGAGCACGACUGUGCACCCCGCGCGGAGGCCGCGCCGGCGCGGCGGGCUGCGGGGGCUCGGGGCCGGGGCGGGAGGGGGUCCCGGGGGCGCGCCGAGCGCGGCGGCCGCGCGAGCUGGGGGGAGGCGCGGCGGCGAAGGCUGCGGCCGCGGCGCAUGCGGAUCUGGUCGAGCGGCGGGGCCAGCGGGGCCGAGCAGAGCCGGGCCCGGCAGGGCUGGGCCGCGGACGCCCACGGGGAGUGCAGUGUGGUGCAGCGAGCGGCCGGGACCACUGCUGCCACGGGCCCAGGUACCAGGGGAAGUGGACAACAUGGACGGCCUGCCCGCCUCCAACAACAACAACCCUGCUUCCCGCUGGGAGAGUCCAGACCGGGGCUGGGAGCGGGAUCAGCCUGCCGCCUCUACAGCAGCCGCCUCUCUCUUUGAGUGCUCCCGGAUCAAGGCUUUGGCAGAUGAGCGGGAGGCCGUGCAGAAGAAAACCUUCACCAAAUGGGUGAACUCGCACCUGGCGCGCGUUGGCUGCCACAUCGGGGACCUCUACGCUGACCUCCGUGACGGCUUCGUGCUCACGCGACUCCUGGAAGUGCUAUCUGGGGAGCAGCUGCCCAGGCCCACGCGCGGCCGCAUGAGGAUCCACUCGCUGGAAAACGUGGACAAAGCGCUGCAGUUCCUGAAGGAGCAGCGUGUGCAUCUGGAAAACGUGGGCUCGCACGACAUUGUGGAUGGGAACCACAGGCUGACCCUGGGGCUGGUCUGGACCAUCAUCCUGCGCUUCCAGAUUCAAGUCAUUAAAAUCGAGACUGAGGACAACAGAGAGACGCGCUCGGCCAAGGAUGCACUGCUUCUGUGGUGCCAGAUGAAGACAGCUGGUUAUCCUGAGGUCAACAUCCAGAACUUUACCACUAGUUGGCGGGACGGCUUGGCCUUCAAUGCCCUCAUUCACCGGCACAGGCCCGACCUCGUGGACUUCAGCAAACUCACCAAGUCUAAUGCCAACUACAACCUGCAGAAAGCCUUCCGCACAGCUGAGCAGCACCUGGGGCUGGCACGCCUGCUGGACCCGGAGGAUGUGAACAUGGAGGCUCCUGAUGAGAAGUCCAUCAUCACCUAUGUGGUUUCUUUCUACCACUACUUCUCCAAGAUGAAGGCUUUGGCUGUUGAGGGGAAGCGGAUCGGGAAGGUCUUGGACCAGGUUUUGGAGGUGGGCAAGAUCAUCGAGCGCUAUGAAGAGCUGGCGGCUGAGCUGUUGGCCUGGAUCCACCACACUGUUGGCCUCAUCAGCAACCAGAAGUUUGCCAACUCACUGAGUGGCGUGCAGCAGCAGCUGCAGGCCUUCACUGCCUACUGCACGCUGGAGAAGCCCGUCAAGUUCCAGGAAAAGGGGAACUUAGAGGUGCUGCUCUUCAGCAUCCAGAGCAAAUUACGUGCCUGCAACCGGCGCCUCUUUGUGCCUCGGGAGGGCUGUGGCAUCUGGGAUAUCGACAAGGCCUGGGGUCAGCUGGAGAAGGCAGAACAUGAACGGGAGACUGCCCUGCGGGCUGAACUGAUCCGACAGGAGAAGCUGGAACUACUGGCUCAGAGGUUUGACCAUAAAGUGGCUAUGCGGGAGAGCUGGCUGAAUGAGAACCAGCGCCUGGUCUCUCAGGACAACUUUGGGUACGAGCUGCCAGCAGUGGAGGCGGCCAUGAAGAAGCACGAAGCCAUCGAGGCUGACAUUGCGGCCUACGAGGAGCGUGUGCAGGGUGUGGCAGAGCUGGCACAGGCUUUGGCGGCGGAAGGCUACUACGAUGCCCGGCGGGUGGCGGCCCAGCGGGACAGCGUCCUGCGCCAGUGGGCCCUGCUGACCGGGCUGGUGGGUGCACGACGGACACGGCUUGAGCAAAACCUGGCCCUGCAGAAGGUCUUCCAGGAGAUGGUGUACAUGGUGGACUGGAUGGAGGAGAUGCAGGCUCAGCUGCUGUCCCGGGAGUGCGGGCAGCACCUGGUGGAGGCAGAGGACCUGCUGCAGAAGCAUGGGCUCCUGGAGGGGGACAUCACCGCCCAGAGUGAGCGGGUGGAGGCACUCAACACGGCUGCCCUGCGUUUCUCUCACAUGCAGGGCUACCAGCCUUGCGACCCGCAGGUCAUCUGCAACCGCGUGAACCACGUGCACGGCUGUCUGGCGGAGCUGCAGGAGCAGGCAGCACGCAGGCGGGCGGAGCUGGAGGCGUCGCGGAGCCUGUGGGCCCUGCUGCAGGAGCUGGAAGAGGCGGAGAGCUGGGCGCGCGACAAGGAGCGCCUGCUGGAGGCAGCCGCGGGCGGCGGCGGGGCCGGCGGGGCCGGCGGGGGCGGCGGCGGCGGCGGGGCGGCGGGCGGCGCUCACGACCUGUCCAGCACCGCGCGCCUCCUGGCGCAGCACAAGAUCCUGCAGGGCGAGCUGGGCGGGCGGCGCGCGCUGCUGCAGCAGGCCCUGCGGCACGGCGAGGAGCUGGCGGCGGCCGGCGGCGCCGUGGGCUCGGGCGCAGCGCCCCUGCACCUGGCGGGCCUGGCGGAGCGCGCGGCGAGCGCGCGGCGGCGCUGGCAGCGGCUGGAGGAGGCGGCGGCGCGGCGCGAGCGGCGGCUGCAGGAGGCGCGGGCACUACACCAGUUCGGUGCCGACCUCGACGGGCUUCUGGACUGGCUGCGCGACGCCUACCGCCUGGCGGCCGCGGGCGACUUCGGCCACGACGAAGCGUCCAGCCGCCGCCUGGCACGCCAGCACCGCGCGCUCACGGCGGAGGUAGAGGCGCACCGCGGGCCGGUGGGAGGCCUGCGGCGACAGCUGACGACGCUGGGUGGCGCUAGCGGCUCCGGGCCACUGGUAGUGGCGCUGCAGGUGCGCGUGGUGGAAGCCGAGCAGCUGUUCGCCGAGGUGACCGAGGUGGCCGCGCUGCGGCGCCAGUGGCUGCGGGAUGCCCUGGCCGUCUACCGCAUGUUCGGCGAGGUGCACGCCUGCGAGCUUUGGAUCGGCGAGAAGGAGCAGUGGUUGCUCGCCAUGCGCGUGCCCGAUUCUCUCGACGACGUCGAGGUGGUGCAGCACCGAUUUGAAAGUCUGGACCAGGAGAUGAACAGCUUGAUGGGCCGCGUCCUGGAUGUAAACCACACAGUCCAGGAGCUGGUGGAAGGAGGCCACCCCAGCUCCGAUGAGGUGCGCUCCUGCCAGGACCACCUGAACAGCAGGUGGAACCGCAUCGUGGAGUUGGUGGAACAGCGCAAGGAGGAGAUGAGCGCGGUGCUGCUGGUGGAAAACCAUGUACUGGAGGUAGCGGAGGUGCGCGCCCAGGUGCGCGAGAAGCGGAGGGCAGUGGAGAGUGCGCCCAGAGCUGGAGGAGCCCUGCAGUGGCGCCUGAGCGGCCUAGAGGCGGCCCUGCAGGCCCUGGAGCCGCGCCAGGCGGCCCUCCUGGAGGAAGCGGCCCUGCUGGCAGCGCGCUUCCCCACGCAGGCGGCCCGACUGCGUCAGGGAGCAGAAGAGCUGGGCACCGAGUGGGGUGAGCUGGCUGGCUCGGCCCAGGCGUGCGGCGAGGCGGUGGCGGCGGCCGGGCGGCUGCAGCGCUUUCUGCAUGACCUGGACGCCUUCCUGGACUGGCUGGUGCGAGCGCAGGAGGCGGCGGGCGGUGGCGAGGGGCCCCUGCCCGGCAGUCUGGAGGAGGCGGACGCGCUGCUGGCGCGCCACGCGGCGCUCAAGGAGGAGGUGGACCAGCGCGAGGAGGACUAUGCGCGCAUCGUGGCGGCCAGCGAGGCGCUGCUGGCGUCCGAUGGCGCCGAGCUGGGCCCGGGCCUGGCCCUGGACGAGUGGCUGCCGCACCUGGAAGUCGGCUGGCACAAGCUGCUGGGCCUGUGGGAGGCGCGCAGGGAGGCGCUGGUGCAGGCACACAUCUACCAGCUCUUCCUGCGAGACCUCCGCCAGGCCUGUGCCGUGCUGCACAACCAGGAGAUGGCCCUGUCAGGCGUGGAACUCCCGGGUACGGUGGCAGCGGUGGAGGAGGCACUGAAGCGGCACCGGGACUUUCUCACCACCAUGGAACUAAACCAGCAAAAAAUGCAGGUGGCCGUGCAGGCCGCUGAGGGCCUGCGGAGGCAGGGCAACAUCUACGGGGAGCAGGCGCAGGAGGCCGUGGCCCGGAUGCUGGAGAAGAGCCAAGAAAAUCAACUUCGCGCCCAUCAGUGGAUGCAGAAGCUUCACGACCAACUCGAGCUGCAGAACUUCCUCCGGGACUGCCAUGAGCUGGAUGGCUGGAUCCAUGAGAAGAUGCUGAUGGCACGGGAUGGCACUCGGGAGAACGGCCACAAGCUGCACAAGCGAUGGCUCCGGCACCAGGCGUUUAUGGCCGAGCUGGCUCAGAAUAAGGAGUGGCUGGAGAAGAUCGAGAGGGAGGGCCAGCAGCUAAUGCAAGAGAAGCCCGAGCUGGCAGCCUCUGUGCGGAAGAAGCUGGGUGAGAUCCGGCAGUGUUGGGCCGAGCUGGAGAGCACCACCCAGGCCAAGGCGCGGCAGCUCUUCGAAGCCAGCAAAGCCGACCAGCUGGUGCAGAGUUUUGCUGAGCUGGACAAGAAGCUCCUUCACAUGGAGAGCCAGCUGCAAGACGUGGACCCCGGCGGGGACCUAGCCACCGUCAACAGCCAGCUCAAGAGGUUGCAGUCCAUGGAGUCGCAGGUGGAGGAGUGGUACCGUGAGGUGGGCGAGCUGCAGGCGCAGACCGCGGCGCUGCCCCUGGAACCCGCGAGCAAGGAGCUGGUGGGCGAGCGGCAGAGCGCGGUGGGCGAGCGCCUGGUGCGCCUGCUCGAGCCCCUGCAGGAGCGCCGCCGCCUCCUGCUCGCCUCCAAGGAACUGCACCAGGUGGCACACGACAUCGACGACGAGCUGGCAUGGGUCCAGGAGCGGCUCCCACUGGCCAUGCAGACAGAGCGAGGCAACGGUUUGCAGGCGGUCCAACAACACAUAAAAAAGAACCAGGGCCUCCGGCGGGAGAUCCAGGCUCACGGGCCACGGCUGGAGGAGGUUCUGGAGCGCGCUGGCGCGCUGGCCUCGCUGCACAGCCCAGAGGCGGAGGCCGUGCGCCAUGGACAGGAGCAGCUGCAGGGGGCCUGGGCCGGGCUGCGGGAGGCAGCCGAGAGGCGGCAGCAGGUGCUGGAUGCAGCCUUCCAGGUCGAGCAGUACUACUUCGACGUGGCCGAGGUGGAGGCGUGGCUGGGCGAGCAGGAGCUGCUCAUGAUGAGUGAGGACAAGGGCAAGGAUGAACAGAGCACUCUGCAGCUACUCAAGAAGCACCUGCAGCUGGAGCAGGGCGUGGAGAACUAUGAGGAGAGCAUCGCACAGCUGUCGCGCCAGUGCCGGGCGCUGCUGGAGAUGGGCCACCCCGACAGUGAGCAGAUCAGCCGGCGGCAGUCUCAGGUGGACCGGCUGUACGUGGCGCUCAAGGAACUGGGCGAGGAACGGCGGGUGAGCCUGGAGCAGCAGUACUGGCUGUACCAGCUCAGCCGCCAGGUGGACGAGCUGGAGCACUGGAUCGCCGAGAAGGAGGUGGUGGCCGGCUCCCCUGAACUGGGCCAGGACUUUGAACACGUCACGGUACUGCAGGAGAAGUUCUCAGAGUUCGCCAGCGAGACUGGCACUGCCGGGCGGGAGCGGCUGGCGGCGGUGAACCAGAUGGUGGACGAGCUGAUCGAGUGCGGCCACACGGCGGCGGCCACCAUGGCCGAGUGGAAGGACGGGCUGAACGAAGCCUGGGCCGAGCUGCUGGAGCUCAUGGGCACGCGGGCUCAGCUGCUCGCCGCCUCGCGGGAGCUGCACAAGUUCUUCAGCGACGCCCGGGAGCUGCAGGGCCAGAUCGAGGAGAAGCGGCGUCGCCUGCCCCGCCUGACUGCCCCUCCUGAGCCCCGGCCCAGCACCAGCUCCAUGCAGCGCACCCUGCGCGCCUUCGAGCACGACCUGCAGCUCCUCGUCUCCCAGGUGCGGCAGCUGCAGGAGGGGGCAGCCCAGCUGCGGACGGUGUAUGCAGGCGAGCACGCCGAGUCCAUCGCCAGCCGGGAGCAGGAGGUGCUGCAAGGCUGGAAGGAGCUGCUGGCCGCCUGCGAGGACGCCCGGCUGCACGUCAGCUCCACGGCAGAUGCCCUGCGAUUCCACAGCCAGGCCCGGGACCUGCUCUCCUGGAUGGACGGCAUCUCCGGGCAGAUCGGGGCUGCAGACAAACCCAGACACUGUGUAUCCAGGCUCAGGGAUGUGUCGUCGGUGGAGGUGCUCAUGAACUAUCACCAGGGCCUGAAGACCGAGCUGGAGGCAAGGGGGCCCCAGCUGACGGCCUGCCAGGAGCUGGGGCGCUCUCUGCUGCUCAACAAGAGUGCCAUGGCUGAAGAGAUCCAGGCUCAGCUGGACAAGCUGGGGACCAGGAAGGAAGAAAUAUCGGACAAGUGGGACCGCCAUUGGGAAUGGCUGCAGCAGAUGCUGGAAGUGCACCAGUUUGCCCAGGAGGCAGUGGUGGCCGACGCCUGGUUGACGGCCCAGGAGCCACUUCUGCAGAGCCGGGAGCUGGGCAGCAGCGUGGACGAGGUGGAGCAGCUGAUCCGGCGCCACGAAGCUUUUCGAAAAGCAGCAGCGGCCUGGGAGGAGAGGUUCAGCUCUCUGCGGCGCCUGACCACGAUCGAGAAGCUCAAGGCGGAGCAGAGCAAGCAGCCGCCCACCCCCCUGCUGGGCCGCAAGUUCUUCGGGGACCCCGCGGAGCUGGCGGCCAAGGCGGCGCCCCUGCUGCGGCCCACGGGCUACGAGCGCGGCCUGGAGCCGCUGGCCCGCCGGGCCUCGGACACGCUAUCGGCCGAGGUGCGCGCCCGCGUGGGCUACGUGCGCCAGGAGCUCAAGCCCGAGCGCCUGCAGCCGCGCAUCGACCGGCUGCCCGAGGCCGCGCCGGUGCCUGCGCCCGCCGCGCCCCAGGAAGCCCCCGACCGCCCCGCCGCCCCCGCGCCGGCCGAGCAGGUCCGGCCGCGGCCCGAGCGCCAGGAGUCGGCCGAGCGCGCGGACGAGCUGCCCCGGAGGCGGCGGCCAGAGCGGCAGGAAUCGGCUGAUCAAUCCGAGGAGGCUUCGCGGAGGAGACGGCCCGAACGGCAGGAGUCCGCGGAGCACGAGGUGGCGCACAGCCUGACCCUGGGCCGCUAUGAGCAGAUGGAGAGAAGGAGGGAGCGGCGAGAGAGGAGGCUGGAGCGGCAGGAGUCCAGCGAACAGGAGACGCCCAUCCGAGAAGUGGCCAAGGGGAAGGCCACCCUGGCUGACAUAGUGGAGCAGCUGCAGGAGAAAGAGGCAGGCCCAGGGCUCCCAGCUGGGCCGUCGCUGCCUCAGCCUCGCGAGCUUCCCCCAGGCCGCCUGCCCAACGGGCUUGAACCGCCCGAGAGGACACCUCGGCCGGACCGGCCGCGAGCACGGGACCGGCCCAAGCCGCGAAGGCGGCCGCGGCCCAGAGAGGGUGGUGAGGGCGGGGGGAGCCGGCGCUCGCGCUCUGCCCCAGCUCAGGGCGGCUCCGCCCCCGCGCCUCCGCCCCCGCCCACGCACACUGUGCAGCACGAGGGCAUCCUGCUGCGCAAGCGCGAGCUCGACGCUAACCGCAAGUCGUCCAACCGGUCUUGGGUGAGCCUUUACUGCGUACUCAGCAAGGGGGAGCUGGGCUUCUACAAGGACUCCAAGGGCCCAGCAUCUGGGAGCACACACAGCGGGGAACCAUUGCUCAGCCUGCACAAGGCCACCAGCGAGGUGGCUAGUGACUACAAGAAAAAGAAGCACGUCUUCAAACUCCAGACCCAGGAUGGCAGUGAGUUUUUGCUCCAGGCUAAAGAUGAGGAGGAGAUGAAUGGCUGGCUGGAGGCUGUGGCCAACUCCGUGGCCGAACACGCAGAGAUCGCCCGCUGGGGACAGACGCUCCCCACCACAUCGUCCACCGACGAGGGAAACCCUAAGCGCGAGGCGGGGGAGCGCAGAGCCAGUGGGCGCCGGAAGUGACUCCCACCAGGGGACCCGACACACCUCCCCUCCCCUUUUCUCCGCACUGUGGGCACAAAGACACUUUCUCUUCUGCGGGGGCGGGAGCCCCCAGUCCCACCAAACACUGCGGGUGUGCCAUGCUGGCCACUGGAAAGGAGGGGACUUCUCCUACACCCCAAGAAGUGGGGAGGGGGGUUGCUGCCCCUAUAGCCAUAUUUAGGCCCCUUCCUGCUCGCCACCCCCACCCCAGGUGCUGGGGCUCCAUUAUUUUUAUGCAAUAACUGAGCUUGGGAGGCGGGGGCGGGUAAGGGGUCAGUGGAGCCAAGCCCCCUGCCCCAUCCCCAGAUUCUGCCCCGAGAAGCUGGGGUGGGGGUGGGGCGACAAUUCCUGCCCCCCUCUCCACCCUAGGGAUGGGCACAGGGGCGCUAGUGAGGUCCCCUGGACCAUCCAGGGUGCUAGGGGGUGGGGAGGGGACGCUCCUUCCCCGCCUUUACCUCACGUCCAAUGCUGCCUUGAUCUAUGUCUGGGAAGGGGGAGUGAAGGGGCCCCUAACCCCCCCCCUCCUGCCUCCAAUGCUCCGUCGCCUCAGAGCCAUGCGAUUCAUCUGAUUUAAUUUAUUUUUGCAAAAUGUCGACUUCUUCCGCCUCCUCUCUUUGCUCCCUCCUCCGUCCAUAUCUGCAAAGGCUUUUUUCUUGGGAGGGGCGUCAAAGUUCAAAAUUGUCUUCCUCUCUCCUCUCCCCUCCAACUGUAAAUGCCACUUUCUGAGGGGAGGGGUGAGGGGAAGCACACACCCCCCCACCUUGCAUGCUUCUGGCUGGAGCACCUCCCCGGGUGUAGGGGGAGGCGAGUGGUGGGGAGCCCAGGGGUGGGGGGCAGUGUGGCAGGCGCACACUGUCUGUACUUAAAAUAAAUCCUUUGGCUUUGA